AAAGCUCGGAUGAUGACUCCCUUCUUACCAGAAAUCUACCUAAUCGAGACUAUGACUUUAAGGGUCUUUAUGAAAGCCCAGCUUGGCGUGGCCUGAACGAGAGAGGUUAUAGUGAGGAGGACGGGGCUUUGCCUCGCCUCCAUGAGCGUAAGCCUAGCGGUGAUUUGCACUUCUCUAGCACACAGGGGGGACAAGGAAGUCAAAGCAAGCGGAGAAGCAGCUUAGGAGCCAACGAACAAAGGAAUGGAUCACACAGGCGAGAAGGAGACACACCUGAUUGGGAGGAGGAAAGGGCAGCAUGGGUCAACAGGUAGAUAAGAACACAGACAGGAAAGUGGCUUGCAGAAACUGGUGCCAAGCUAAGAGCGCCAGCCAGGUGAUUCUCAACAGCAGAUUUGAUGAUAGACGAACAUGAAUUAGCUAUCAUCCAGUCAGACUCUUACAACUCAGUCACUACAGUGCUCAUCAUCUCUCCUAUACCGCCAAACACAUACCUUUAUUCUCAUAAGUAUCAUGAUGUAACUAUGAUCACAUGUAGAAGGUUAUAUGCUGAAGGUGUCACAAAUAUUAUAAGCUGACUGUUGUUCUAUGGUCAGCUCAGUGUGUUGUUGACAAGAACUGAAACUUGUAUGAUCUGCUGGUAUAACAUUUAUGUCUCUCAAUUCAUAACUUAGCUGUUAACAAUAGUUAACAUAAGGGAAAAAGGAAAUGAUACCUAAGCUGAAACAAAAAGAUAUUGGCAUCAAAGAAAAGCAUGCAUGAUCCUGUUGUUCAUUAUUUGGUAGACUGUUACAUUCCCAGUCACAUGUGAAUGAAACAUGUUAUUUAGGAAGGUGAACCAUAUCAUUUCAAAAAACUAUAACCAUAUUAUAAAAGUGGUAUAUUCACAAGUACUAGGCUGUGACAUGUAUGGCUUUGAAAUAUUUGUCAGCUAGAAAACUACCACAUAAAUUUAGCAUAUCAGGGGCUUAUAAUGUUUUAUGUUUUACAGUGUUUGUGUAUAUUUAUGUUCAUACUUUAUAAAAUUUGAAUUUUAUUCUCACCACACUCACACAAUCAUACUUCCAUACAAUGCUUCCAUAUGCUCACAUGGUUCCAAACACUCAAGUACUUGCAUUCACCCACAUGCUCGUACACACUCACAUACUUAUACACACAGACAUGAUUGCACAUGCACACAUCUUACUCACACACUUUACUCACACACACAC